AUCGCUCAAACUCUCGUUUAAAACAAAAUCCUUAACAGCCGCUCUUCUAACGGUCCCUUUUUUUUCUCUUAAACGGCUCUCUCUCUCUCUCUCUCUCUCUCUCGCAUCAGGUUGCGUUCCUUAUUUUUCGCCUUUAAACCUAACAUUUUCCAGGAAACAAAACCCAGUUUUCUCGAGAAAAUUUUACAUUUGUUCUGCUAAGAAAGCAAACAGAAAAGGAAAUCUUAUCUAGGAAAGCACUCUGCCGCAUUUCUGUUUUGUUAUUCAGGGACAAGGUUUGUGAUCAUGUCUAUUAUUCAGAAUGACCCACUUUUGCAAGUGGAAACGACAUGUGGAACUCUUCUGUAUGAAUUGCAGAUUAUAUGGGAUGAGGUUGGAGAGACAGACAAAGAAAGGGAUAAAAUGCUGCUUGAGCUUGAACAAGAGUGUCUUGAAGUGUACAGAAGGAAGGUGGAUCAGGCUAACAGGAAUAGAGCUCAGCUCAGACAAGCUAUUGCUGAUUCUGAAGCUGAACUUGCUGCUAUCUGUUCUGCCAUGGGGGAGCGCCCUGUGCAUAUUAGGCAGGCGGAUCAAAAUGCUGGAAGCUUGAAGGAAGAACUUCGAAAAAUUCUUCCACAACUUGAGGAGAUGGGGAAGAGGAAAUCAGACAGAAGAAAUCAGUUCCUUGAAGUUCUAGAAGAAAUAAAGGAGAUCUCAUAUGAGAUAUAUGGAUCUGCUGAUCAUCAUUUUUUUAUCGAUGAAACUGAUCUUUCCCUGAGAAAACUUGAAGAAUUGCACAGACAGCUGCAUACACUUCAAAAGGAGAAGAGUGAUCGCUUGAAGCAGGUUCAGGAACAUCUAGACACUUUAAACUCACUUUGCUCAGUGCUUGGUAUGGAUUUCAAGAACAUUCUUACGGAAGUUCACCCAAGUUUUGGUGAUACUGAAGGAUCAAGGAACAUAAGUACUGUUUUAAUUCAGAAUUUGAGUACUGCAAUAAUCAAAUUGAGGGAGAUCAAAAGACAAAGAAUGCAGAAGCUCCAAGAUCUUGCAACAACAAUGUUGGAGUUAUGGCAUUUAAUGGAUACUCCAAUUGAAGAGCAGCAAAUGUUUCAGAAUGUUACUUGUAACAUAGCUGCUUCAGAACAUGAAAUUACUGAACCAAACACCUUAUCUGUGGAUUUCAUCAACUAUGUUGAGGCAGAAGUCUCUCGGUUGGAAGAGUUGAAAUCAAGCAAGAUGAAAGAUCUUGUUCUAAAGAAGAGGUCAGAGCUAGAAGAGAUAUGUCGAAAGACGCACAUGGUUCCAGAAGCAGACACUGCAAUAGAAUAUGCCAUAGAUGCCAUAGAAUUUGGGAACGUGGACCCUGCCAGUGUCCUUGAGCAGAUUGAACUCCAAAUUGGUAACGUUAAGGAAGAAGCUUUUAGCAGGAAGGAGAUACUUGAAAAGGUUGAGAAAUGGUUGACUGCAUGUGAAGAGGAGUGCUGGCUUGAGGAGUAUAAUAGGGAUGAGAACCGAUAUAAUGCUGGGAAAGGAGCUCAUCUUACUCUCAAGCGUGCUGAGAAAGCUCGUGCUUUGGUUAAUAAACUUCCAGGUACGGUGGAGGCAUUGGCUUCAAAAACCAUGGCAUGGGAAAAGGAGAGAGGCAUUGAGUUCUUAUAUGAUGGUAUUCGCCUUCUCUCCAUGCUUGAAGAGUAUACCAUAUUACGGCAGGAGAAAGAGGAAGAAAGGAGGAGGCAGCGGGAUCAGAAGAAAUUGCAGGGACAGCUGAUAGCGGAGCAGGAGGCACUUUAUGGGUCAAAACCAAGCCCUUCAAAGACUCAGUGUGUCAAAAAAGCUUCUAGAGUUUCAACAGGAGGUGCAAGCAACAGAAGACUCUCCCUUGGAGGAGCAAUGCUCCCAGCGCCUAAACUUGAUUUAUCCAACUCCAGUAAGGCUACAACCCAUUCACGUCCUGGCAAGAAACUUGACCGAAUGCACCAACAUGACCCUCUAAAUCACCGGCAGGAUGAUGGCUUUGCAGCGUUGUCAGCUGGUAGGAGAGGGUUGGAUAUUGCUGGUCUUCCUGCAAAAAAACAUCCUUUCAGUACUGUUAAUGCUCAUGAACCAGAGUCACCAAUGCUGCGGAAACCAUUCUCACCUAUUUCUUCCACAGGAUCAUCAAAAGCCAAUAUAUUAGAAGACGUGACCACAGCACACGGUGAGACCAUUAAGAAGAUAGUGACAACUACUCCUUCGAAAACUACGAUGGCAGAUGAAGAGAAUUGGACCCCUAAGACAAUGCCAAUCCCUGUGCCAACAACGCCUUCAACACUGUCUGUCCCAAUGCAGACAGCUAUCACGCCAGCCCAUCCAGUACCAGUUCCAUAUGGUGGUGCUACUCCAAAAGAAGAGGUUCCUGAAGAAGUUGAGUAUUCGUUUGAGGAAAGAAGAGCUGGUUUUGUUCUUCCCAGAACUCAUAUUAAGUCCAUACAAGUAUGAUGUUGUUUAAACAUUUGGAAGAACUUGAAUAGAACAAAUGUUUGCUUUUCUCUUUGGUUCUUCUUUCCUUUGCCUCCCAGUUUUUUGGGCAUUUGGUUUGGGAUAAGUCAAUUGUAAUUGGCUUUUACCUUGUUGUGUAUAUCUACGAGUAUUGAACGUGGAUUAGGUCGUUAAAAAAAAAUUGUUUCCUACAAAUUAAAGUUAGAUUCAAUAUAAUUUUAAAUUCCUAUUGUCA